AGGACCCCAUUCAUGUGCCAAACCACACAAUUUUUACUAUGCCAUGGAAACAAGAUGUGCAUUAUAGUGGGUCUAAAGCUGAAAGUAUCAGUACCUUUCCCACCUUUCCUUAGAUUCAGCUGUGGAUGCUGUCUCCUGUCACUUUUCUUUUUUCUUUUACAACUUCAUUUCUAUAGCAAUGAAAGGAGUCAUGGGGUUCUGACAAACAGCAGAUCAAGAACGUGAGCCACAUUUUCAAUAUAUAUUUGUCUGAAAGGAACAAGCUUUGUGGUAUGCUAGCAAUGGGGGAAUUCAAACACUUUGUGAUUGUUAAGUUCAAGGAAGGUGUGGCAGUUGAUGAGCUCACAAAAGGGAUGGAGAAGUUGGUCUCAGAGAUUGAUGCUGUCAAGUCCUUUGAAUGGGGAAGGGACAUUGAAAGCUUAGAUGUGCUGAGACAAGGUUUCACUCAUGCCUUUUUAAUGACAUUCAACAAGAAAGAAGACUUUGCUGCAUUUCAAAGCCACCCGAAUCAUGUUGAGUUUUCCACAACAUUUUCAGCAGCAAUUGAGAACAUUGUGCUGCUGGAUUUCCCAUCUACUAUUGUCAAGGCCCCAGCAUGAUCCUCAACAUAAUAUUCCACCAAUAAAAAAACCCUCUUCAAAUUUGUUUAGUCUAUGUUUUAGCUUGUGUUUCUCUAUCUGCAGUUCUGUCAUGAGUUGUUGUUACUGCUACAUCUCGUGCACUUUGAACUCGUAGUAUUAUGGAUUAUGAAUUAUAAUGAUGAACUUUUUUGCCUUACAAUUGAUGAAUAUACACUUCUAGGAGUUAGUAUUUUGCA